AUGACGGACAUAACACUAACUUGCCGUCUCUUUCGAGAAAUCGAAGAAAAUACCAAGGAAUUUCCCAUUAAAAUUAACAAUUCGAAAUUUGUUUAUGAUCUUAAGAAAUUAAUUAAAGAAGAAAAAAAAGAUAUCUUCUCUGAUACCGAGGUUGAUAACUUGGAACUUUGGGGAGUAGAAAUUCAUAAUGACAAUGCAGACAAAUUUUCAAGCCUCAUCCUGCAAGAUAAUAAGAGUAAAGACAUAAAGAAACUCGAAACAAUAAAACUUGUCAGUGAUUACUGGGAAAAUCAACCUUCUGCAAAUUUUACUCAUAUUAUUGUUGAUUCAAAAUUCUUGACCAUGUUAAGAAGUUUUAAUCAAGCAACACUGAAUCAAAAACAACCUAUUGAGGACCCUGAUGGUAGAGAAAAUGGGCAUAGUGAAGAUACAAAUGAAGCUUUUUGGGUAUUAACAAAUUCAGAUCCACCUGAACAACGAUAUAGAUAUUUGGAUAAUCAUGAAAAUGUUCGAGAAGAAGUUGUACGACUUUGUGAUUCUCGUAAGACAAAUAAAGGAAUUCCGUGGAAGGUCAUGGUUGAUGAGAUUAGGAAUGAUCUCUUGAGAACAAAAAAGAUUGAUGAAAAAACAUUAAAGAGAUUUUAUAACGGUGAUACAUAUAAACCUGAUGAAGAUGUUUUGCGUUUAAUCAGAGCGUGGGUUAUCAAGAAGUUAGAGGAAAAAAGGAGCAAUAAUCAGUAA